UUUUCCUCGAUUUUCUUUCACCUUUUCUUUUUUAUUCCAUAAAGAGGGUAAACAAUAUUUUUUUUAUUUUUAGACAAAAAAAAUGUUUUUUUGAAGGACUACAUUUAAUUGUCCAUGCUCAACAUUCAACGCACUCUUCAAUCGCCUCAACAUUAUUCCAAUUCUUCUAAGCAACUGUAUAAUUUUUUAACCAGCACAUUCGAUAAGGUACUUCAAAACUACAAGUCAGGCUCCCAUCCUCCAACUUCAAAUUCAACGAGGAACAACGCAAGGACAAAGCCUGAACCAGCAAAACAUAAUUGUCGUCUCUUCAAAUGAUGUUGGGGCCGUUGAUCAUCAGGUUUGUAAAAUUUCUUAUGAAUAGAUUAGUAGAGUGGGGUUCCUUCAGCGUCACGAAACCUUGUUAACUACUUUUCCUUUUGGGGUAACACCUGAAAAUUCGACUAAAAGUCUGUCGGUCAAAGUCUGUCGGUCCGUGUUUUUUAAUUAUUCCCUUUUUUCUAACAGCCUUUUUUCUA